GCGAGGAAGUAGUAAAUGGAUUAGGCUUAAAAAUCGAUGAUAUCUGUGAUGCAGAAAUAUAUAAUCUCAUUAAUAAGAUCGAUGUAUUAGGAAUAAUUCGUGGAAUAGAGAUUUCGGUCAUGUCUCAAGACCCUAAAUGGAAACAAAUAAAAGAAAACGCGAUGAAAGUAUAUUUCUCCAAUAACACUCUUACAUUACUUGAUGGAACUAAUAUAUCAGUUAUUAAAACAAGAACUCCACCACCUACACAACUUAAUCAAUCCACAAAUGAUUAUUUCGAGGAAAUAAAGGUAUACGCUACAACAUUGAAUGUAGAUUUAGAUAAUCAAAAUCUUAAGGAGACUUUCUUUAAUGGCUUAUUACAAGAAAAUAAAAAAGAG